AUGCUGUUGAGGCUCAUUGCGAAGCAUCGUAUUCGCAACCUUUCUUGGGACGAUGCAAUUAUGAUCCUUGCUUAUACUUUGGCUAUUGCGUCUUCCGUCCUGAUCACUAUAGCAAUCUCCCACGGAUACGGACGACAUGCUUACGAACUCGAUCGAUCGGACCGCGUCUUGACUGCGAAACUUUAUACAAUUUUCCAAUGCGUCUCGAUUCUCAGUACAGGAACGGGAAGGCUGGCUUUCGUGUUAUACUUGCUGCCAAUAUUCCGACACAAAUACCUCAUGGGACACAUCUUGUGGCUUAUAUUCGCGCUUCAGCUCAUUGCCAAUUACGUCAGUCCUGUGACUAUCCUGGUCCGAUGCGCUGACAUUCGCGCUAUAUGGGACAUUACCGUCAAGAGCAAAUGCUGGGAUCCAAAAAUUCUGAUAACUUAUAGCUACGUGCAAUGCACUAUCAAUACAGCAACCGACCUUUAUCUCGCAAUAUUUCCUGCAUACACCUUGUGGAGUUUGAAUCUCAAACGGCGGACGAAGACAAUUCUCAUCAUACUUAUGGGCCUGGGGCUAGUCGCCAUGGUAGGAUCAAUCAUGCGGAUUAUAAGCCUUCCCUCCCUCUCCAUCAUCGACGAUCAAUCUGCCGCAACGAACCGCCUGACCAUCUGGGCCUUGCUAGAAUGUUACUUGGUCAUCACUACGGCAUCGAUUCCAUGUAUUCGGACCUUGGUGAUGGACUCUGUACGGCUACUAGUUAACAGCAGUCGAUCCCGCUCAGGGAGAGAAGCAGAUAGUAGGAGGACAAGGCAGAACACUUGGGGCGAUUAUCCCAUCUCGCGAAGCUACCGUGUAGCAGUGGGAGAUGAUGUCGAGGACAGGCGGCAUAUGCUGGGCGAUGUUGAGUUGGGGCGGUAUGGACAUAAUGGAAUAAGCAAGUUGGUCGAGGUGACUGUUGCAGAAGAGGCUAUACCAAAAUGGAUAUAA